GUUCAAUUAGUUAUUGUUUCCAAUCUCUCUCAAUUAAUUUAAUGACUGAAGUAGCCGAGAUAUUUUAGGAAGGUGUCUUUUCCGUUCAAUAUUAUAACUAACCCCACACGAUCGAAUCUGACGCCACGACAGAGAGACGAUUACAAGGAAGCUCGUACACGAAAAUCAUUUCUCAGUAUUUUUGUGGGGAUCGUUUGACGAUCUCGGGCUACUUAAAGGCGGCGACGUAUUUGACCAGGUGGCUAGUUACAAUUGAGGCCAUUGUUUCUGAAGAGUGGAUACAUUGAAUCUGAACAGAGCGGAUAAAUUGCCAUUAAAAAGCAAUUGCAGUUGCUCUGGGCAUUCCUCCUCGCUUCUCAUUUCUUUUUGCACCAUCGUGAAUACAAAAUAUAAGGAAUAUUCAAAUGGCGAGGAAAAUGAUGUUGAAGGACGGCGUGGAGGAGGCCGUAUACGACUUCGACUUGUUUGUGAUCGGUGCAGGGAGCGGUGGAGUUCGUUCGGCCCGCACUGCAGCUGGCUUCGGUGCCAAGGUUGCAAUUUGCGAGCUUCCAUUCCAUCCAAUCAGUUCAGAGACAAUAGGGGGUGUAGGUGGAACGUGCGUUAUUCGUGGCUGUGUCCCAAAGAAAAUUUUGGUCUAUGGUGCAUCUUUUAGUUCUGAAUUUGAGGAUUCAAGAAAUUUUGGAUGGGAUAUCAACGGGCCAAUCACUUUUGACUGGAAAAGGCUUCUGGAAAAUAAGACAAAAGAAAUUACAAGACUCAAUGGAGUCUACAAAAGAUUGCUUACCAACUCUGGGGUGACAAUGUUGGAAGGGGAAGCCAAGUUGGUUGAGCGGCAUAAAGUUGAGGUGAUACAUCCAGAUGGAGAACACAAGCACUACACAGCUCAGCAUAUAUUAAUUGCAACUGGUAGUCGAGCUUCACAACUAAAUAUUCCUGGAAAGGAUUUAGCAAUAACUUCAGACGAAGCAUUGAGUUUGGAAGAGCUUCCAAAACGAGUUGUUAUUUUGGGUGGAGGAUAUAUAGCUGUUGAAUUUGCUGGAAUAUGGAAUGGAAUGGGUAGCAAAGUAGAUCUAUUUUAUAGAAAAGAGCUUCCAUUAAGAGGUUUUGAUGAUGAAAUGCGAGCUGUUGUUGCAAAGAACUUAGAAAAUAGGGGUGUCAACCUGCAUCCCAAUACAAGUUUAUCAAAACUCGAAAAGACCAAAGAGGGAAUUAAGGUUUUCACAGAUCACGGUGAUGAAUUGACAGCAGAUGUUGUGUUGUUUGCUAUUGGUAGAGUGCCAAACACAAAGAGGCUUAAUCUUGGAGCAGUGGGAGUUGAAGUUGAUCAUAUAGGAUCUGUUAAGGUUAACGAGUUCUCUCAAAGCACAGUGUCUAAUAUCUGGGCAGUUGGUGAUGUAACAAAUCGAAUCAACCUUACACCUGUAGCACUAAUGGAGGGUACUUGUUUUUCUAAAACUGUUUUUGGUGGACAGCCUACUAAGCCUGAUUACCAGCAUGUUCCUUGUGCAGUUUUCUGUCUGCCUCCGCUCUCUGUGGUUGGCCUUACAGAGCAACAAGCAAUAGAGCAAGCUAAGAAUGAUAUCGCGAUAUUCACUUCAGCAUUUACACCAAUGAAAAAUACGAUUUCAGCUAGGCAAGAAAAGACGAUUAUGAAGCUUAUUGUUGAUUGUGAGACAGACAAAGUCCUUGGAGCAUCAAUGUGUGGUCCUGAUGCUCCUGAAAUUAUGCAGGGAAUUGCUGUGGCUUUGAAAAGUGGAGCAACAAAGGCACAAUUUGAUUCUACUGUUGGCAUCCAUCCCUCAGCUGCAGAAGAAUUUGUUACAAUGCGCACUACUACCAGGCGUAUUUCUGCUGGUACUCCAGUAAAGAAAGACCAUCAAAUAUCAUAGUAGAUAAUAGUCCUUAAUAUUUUUCAUCCUCGCUAUCGUUAUAGAUUGGUGAUAAUAAUGACAUAGGAUGAACUAGUUCCAGUUACAGUCAUGCUAUGUCAUGCCUACAAUCAUGAUGUUGACUAAAGCAUUGUGGAGAAGGCAGAAACGUUUGCCUAUUCUUUUUUGCAACAGCCUGGAAUAUUAUUAUUUUUCUGUUUAUUGAAUAAUACAUUUUUCUCUGUCUUCACAUGGUCAAUGAAAAAGCUGGACAACCAGACCUUAAUACAUAAGUAUAAAUGGUUACUAUGGAACGAUAAAUUAGUUCUUAGUUGCCAACCUAGCAUGUAGGACGGAUUUAUAGCAAAGGGCCUCCCGUGGACUAAUUAUAUCCCUCCCUUUUUGACAGCCUAUCUAUGUGGGCAUGGACUAUGUGUUCACUUUAUUUCUCUUUUCUUCAUUUUACUGUUGUUAGGAGAAUCAAUUGUCAUGAAGAUCAGUGGUUGUAAUGAUUUGCUCCGUUUUAUGUGGGAAACUGAUGUUUUCUUUUUA